GACGUCAUACUUUUACCUCGGUUUUUUGGCGGGUGGGGAGUUCCUAGUUAUGUUAAAAGCGCCAUGGUAGCCUGAUGGAAAACAAAUACUUAGCGAAUUUAGUUUAACGGGUAACUUGUUCUGUCAUAAUGAAACAAAUACAAUCUAAAGGAAAUGGGAGAUCAAUUGCAGACUACUUCUCUACGAAAAGCAGUACUGGUGAAUUCAAAGACAUCAUCCCUCUGGGGUCUCCUCGUCCCAAACCUUCUCCGGCCCCCUCCUCCCUCCAGGAGACCCCAAUGAAACCCUCUCAGCCCCCAGGACGCCUCUCCAACCCCAACACCUACCCCCUGCCCAAACGGGUGCUACCCUUGACCAGCCACGAACUGGACAAACUCAGGGCGAAGCCCGUUCCUGGCCUGCCUCCUCACCCUCCCCACCCACCAGGGUUGCACCACCGAGCCUCUGGGGGUGGAGGUGGGGGUGAAGCCAAGGAUGGCCCAGCCAACUUUACAAACACCCUAACCAGGAAGAUCCAGCAUUCCCACAGACCCCAGACCCCCCACAGCCCUGUGACCCCUAACCCCUCUAGGGGCACGACCUUUAACCCUAGAGGUGGUAUGGGAAGGGACAACCCCCUGUCGCCCCCCUCUAUCCCCCCAUGCAGAGUCAGUGCCCCCAGCAGAAGGAGGGACUAUGGAGCGGCGCCGAGGGAAGACAUGAACAAGAACCUCAAGGUUGGAUCCAGUGAUAUUGGGAGCUCUAGACCUCUGUUCCCUGCUGCCCAGACGCGCAGGCUCUCUGUGCCCCCAACCGUUACCUCCAGACCGGGGCAGAGCAGUCAGCCGCAACCCUCCCCUUACAUGGACCCCCGGAGCCCGGAGAGCAGCCCAGCAGAGCGCAGGCACCACUUCUCCCAGAAGCUCUCGCAGUCUCUCCAGUCUAUCCGCCAGUACAAAGUAGGAGGAGACGGGAAGGAGAGUACAAUGAGGAAUGGUGGUCCACUGUCACCGACCACGCGCAUCCCUGUCACUCCACAGCAGAGUCGUGGUUCCCUGGAUCACAGAGGAACCACACCCUCUAACGAGCGGUUCACUCCAGGAGGCACCAGAUCCCUGUCUCUGAAGAGACUCAGACACCCAGACUUGGAGGGGAGAAACAGAGGAAUAGCAGAGUACAUGGCUAAUAAGAGACUGCGUCCAGGGGACUAUAUCCCAGGCCCUAUCAGUACCAGUCACCCAUCCUAUGGAACAGCCAGUUCUAAGAUGUCCCCCAGCCCCAACCCAUCCUACCUGAAGAAAGUCUUCAUGAAGAACAGUCUGAGCUCAAGUCCUACUCUAAGGUUGAAGGAGAGACUCACCCCUAAGAAGACAGAGGAAGGGAUGGAGAGUGGGAGUAGGACUGUCCCUACCUAUCCACUCUCCACACCCAAGCCUGCGAGGCAGCGCUGCACCGGCCAUGGACAGACGCCAUGCUGCAAUAGUGUGAGGGAGAACGGCAACCCUCAGGCUGGAUACAGGAGAAUUGAUCACCAAUCUGGCAACACUCAAUCUUUUUACAGUGGUAGUAAUCCCCAAACUGGCAACCACUACAGCCAAUCUGGCAACCCAGCCAACCUGCCAGUCACAAUCCCUAGUAGAGGAGAAUGCAGCAGAGAUAAAGAGGCCAGAGAGCGAGAGAGUAGAGGAGGAGAACCGACAGGUCGCCCCGACGGGAGAACUCCCAAAAGUUCCUCGAAGUCUCAGAGCUCGGACUCGAGCUGCCCUAGUUUUCGGCGCCGUCACGCAUUGGAAAAGAACCGACACGUCUCUGUCCCCCGGAGAACGAGUGCCUUGCCAGAUGACCUGAAUGACCUUUUCACCCCUGACCCCAUAACCUCUAGCCCAUCUAGAGCAGCGAUUACCUUUUCCCCCAGUCCCCAGAGAGGAGACGGUUCGCCCUCUGUACACAACAAGGUUCCUCUGUCUGUUGUGUUGGCUACUGUCAGUAGUGCUACUAUGGGACCGGGGUCCCCCUCUUUAACAAGCCCAAGAGAAAUCCCCCCAAAAUCCCUCUCACAGCGAAUCCUGUGUCCCAAGAUCUCUCCCUGUACGGACACUGCAAUGGACCCCUGUAAGCUACUCCUGGACCCCAAAAUCUACUCCUCCUUUGUAAGGCUGGAGAUGGGCAGGAAUGACUUGACUAAACUAGAGACUGGCUUGUAUAGAGCCAUCACCAGCACUCCUUCUUCCUCAGGGAAGCCCUCGUCCUGUAAGGAGGAGUCUGUUAAGAUGGAGGAUGUCGCCUCAGGACUGAAAACGAGAUCUCCUGGUAUUGCUUUAGCAGGGUUGGAGUCACCUAUGGAUGAGGAUGAGAAUUCCUACCUCAAGACUGAGUCCUCCGUCCUGAAAACUAUCCCCCUCUCAGCCUCUGCAAAGUCCUCAUCCUCGUGUAAUGACAAGUCGUUUAGCAUGGAGACGGCAGACCUCAAAAUCAGUCCCACCUCACCCCUGGACCAACAUGGACAAGGAAAGGAGGGUGAAGAGAGGAAGGAAGGAGACCAGAAGUUCCAUAAGAGUUUAUUGUUUUUUGAGGAAGGAGAAGAAAGAAGCAAGAAGGAAAAUUCCCAGAAGAGUCUGCCAUUUCUGGAGGAGGACCCUCUGGAUGUGGAGCUGGGCCUAGGCCUCGACCUGAGCCUGGGGCUAGAGUUGGCGCUAUCCCAGACCAGCAGCAGCAGUGACGAGGACCAGCUGCCGUCCCUGCAGCAGAUCCUGGACCUUACCGCCCGGCCCCCAGACACCCCAGAAAAAGGAACCUUCCCUGCUCCCAGCAGCCCCGUUGGGCUCCGACACCACAGCCAGCCACCUUCGUCAUCUAAAGCCAAACCCACGAGUUACAGGAACAACCUGGAUGAGAUGCUGAAGGAAAAGGAGACCAUUCAAAGGUCUAAGGAGAUGGAGGCCAAGCUGCGUCUCUCCUGUAAGGAGAACCUGCUGAGACUGGCGGAGGAGGAGGAGGAGGAGGAGAACAUAGAGGCAAUCUCCCAGCAGCAAAAGGAGUUCCUGCAGCGUUUCUCAGUGUUGUCUAGUGCCAUCCAGGACCUGCACUCCGGCGAAGCGGUGUUCAGCCUGGACAACUUUGGCCGUCUCUUCAGCCAACACACACUGCAGCUGAGACACUGUAACGUCACCCCGUGUGACACCACACAGAAAACAAUCCUCUGGUCAUCUCCAGACCAGUUCAGGACCCAGGUCAGUUCCCAGCUGUUCCAGAGAGCCUACCGCUCCUCCCCCUGCCCUCCCCAGGUGGCCCGCUGGCUCUUCCAGAUGAUGUCAGUCCACUCGGACAAGCUGACCUGUCAUCAGGUCCUUAAGGCCCUUGGAGAUAUUGCCUGCUCUGCUGCUGAACACAUGGUGCUGAAUAAGAGUGAGAGGUAUGAGGUGUGGGUGCCCAGUGUUGGAGACGUGACCCUGGUCUUCAUGAACAUGGGGGUUCCCUUUGUCACACUGUUCCCCCUGGAGAACCUACAACCCCCCUUCACUGAGGGAGACCUGAUAGAGGGCAUCCAGAUCAGCACAGAGAGCCUGUCCAGUAAGAAGCUCAGAACUUUCCCUGAACACAACUUUGACAACGUCAUCAAGUACAUGUGUCAUUGUACGUCGUUGUGCCCGCGGGCCUACAGUGACAGAGACCUGCUGUUACUCCUGACGGUGGUGAGCAGAGUGGGCCUGGACACGCAGCUCACCCUCCAGCCUACCGAGCACCUCCGCUCCCUACUGCACAACCUGGUCAACAGCAUCAGGGACUUGGACAGCAUGCUGCCCAGGAUCUGCAUGUCGCUGGUCGACCUGACUGAGGACCACCACAACCUGCGCUGGCUGGUCGAGCUCCUGCCAGACAGCAUGCGUGGCAAGCAACUCAGGAGACACAUCAGUGUGUCGGCCAUCUCCAAGCUACUGAACAAGAAAUGCACUUACAUUCCCUCCAACACAGAGUUCCAGCUGUCAGACCUGCGUCCCUACCUCUCCCGAAUGCGGCCCUCCUCACUCCUCCGGGGCCUGGCCACCUCCUGCUCCAGGAGGAGUCCCCACCCACACAGAGAGCGGGAGGGGGAGGAAGAAGAGGAGGACUGUGCCUCCCUGGACCAGCAGGUCAACAAAGGUUUAUUUACCAGGGCCUACUACCUCUGCUACAGCCUCCUGGCCCUGGCCAACGAAGCCACCAACUUUGAGUUCUUCCCUUCGGAGCAAAAGAACCAGUUGUUGUUGCUAAGUGCUGAGCUGGAGAAACACAUCAAAAGUGACAUCAGGGAGAGUGAGAAGAUGCUGUACAGGAGCAAGGUGAAGGACUUUGUGGCCAGGAUCUACACCAAGUGGCAGGUGCUGGUCCAUAGAACCAGGCCUCUCCAGGGUAAACUGUAUGACUACUGGCAGCCUCUGCCUGAGGAUGCUGUGAGCAGCAGCCAGGAGAGCCAACACUCCCACAGGGAGAGAGAAGUGGCGGAAGAGAGAGGGGAAAGGGUCAUGGAGGUGGAAGGAGAAGAGGAUGAGGGGGACGAGGUAGGACAAGACGGAGAGGGACAAGACAAGGAGGAGAGGACACCAGAAAAGCACUAUGCCAUGGAGGAAGCUGAGGAACGAAAGGACAUUCAGGGAGAGGAGGAAGACUAACUUCUAAAGAUGGAUGAGGUGGAUGAGAUGGAGGAGAUGGAGGAGGUGGAUGAGAUGGAUGAGGUGGAGGAGGUGGAACUUACGCUAGAGGAGUCAGAUGAGGAACCAAAUAUGGAGACAUGGAGGCAGAACAAACAGAAGUAGAGACGGAGGAGAGGGUCACAGAAAAGAGGGAAGCAGCGGUGGAGGAGAGAAGGAAAGAACAGACGGAAGGGAGAGAGUGAGGAGAGAGGCAAUUUAUAGAAAGAUUCAGAGAUGGAGGAAAGAGGUGGAGAAUCAAGGCAGGCAGAGAGAAGAACAGAAGGAAGAGACUGGGAGAGGCACAGAACAGAAGGAAGAGACUGAGAGAGGAACAGAAGGAAGAGACUGGGAGAUGCACAGAACAGAAGGAAGAGACUGGGAGAGGCACAGAACAGAAGGAAGAGACUGGGAGAGGCACAGAACAGAAGGAAGAGACCGGGAGAGGCACAGAAAGGAGGGAUGAAGAUUAUAUGAAGGAAUGAGGCAGAGAGAAGCCAGAGAAGAACACUGCAAUGGAAGAUAACCUGGCUGCAUCCAUAUAGAAUUGUGCAUGUCUAGACCAACUGCCUGUCUUCUAGACUCUGGACCAAAGUUGCAUCCAAAAUGGCACCCCGGCCUAUUCCCUGUGUAGUGCAUUAUAUAGGGAACAGGGUGCCAUUUGGGAUGCAACUGUGUCUACGUGUUCCACUUUCUCAGGUAAAGUGAACAAACGUAACGUGAUUUCUUUCAGGCACUUUGUUGAACAAUGCAGAAGAUGAAUCCUAGUAGGAUUGACCUACAUAUAUAUAUUAAACUGUUCUGUUGAUUCGUUUUACUAUUUGCACUUGUUUUUUUUUUGUUUUUUUUGUCACAUUUCUGCUGUUGAGUAACUUCUAUUUUCAAAAUACACUUUUUAUUGCAGUUGCAACGUGGUAAAAAUAAACGUAGUUUGUCA